CAGUGUUGCAAAAUGUGUUUGUUGUUGUUUUAUAAUCGCCGAAUUUAGUUGAAUUCAAUUUUUAAUAUAUUGUAAAUAAAAAUGAUACGCAAAUUGCACUGCAUGCUGCGAUUACAAAGCGGCAUCACACAAACACUUUACAGACACAGAGCACCGACGAUCCUGGCGAGAAGUUAUGCAACGGACGAAACAAAUCGAAAUGCAGAUAGCAAGAAUGGCAAUAAUGCAAAACGAGCCUCCAAAAGUCUGCCCGCUGUGCGCAACCCCUUUGGAGCCGCACAGGAGAAGACGAAGAACUCUUACUUAGCGAUGGUGGAAAUCUUUGAGGAACGCGAUGUUCAUCGGCGCAACCAUGUGGAAUUCAUCUAUGCGGCAUUGAAGCACAUGCCCGACUUUGGUGUGGAACACGAUCUAGAAGUGUACAAGGCAUUAAUCAAUGUGAUGCCCAAGGGCAAAUUCAUUCCAACGAAUGUAUUCCAGUCCGAGUUCAUGCACUAUCCCAAACAGCAGCAGUGCAUCAUUGAUCUCCUCGAGCAAAUGGAGGACUUUGGCGUUAUGCCCGAUUACGAAAUGGAGGCAAUGCUACUCAACGUAUUUGGCAAGAAGGGGCAUCCAUUGCGCAAGUAUUGGCGCAUGAUGUACUGGAUGCCCAAGUUCAAAAACCUCUCGCCAUGGCCACUGCCCGAUCAGGUUCCCGACGACACGCUGGAAGUCGCUAAGCUGGCCGUAGAGCGCAUGUGCACCGUGGAUCUGCGUUCCAAAGUAGAUGUGUUCGAGACCAAGGAGCUGAAAGACUCGCUGGACGACACCUGGAUAGUGAGUGGCAUGAGUGUCGAGCAGUCGAAACUGCUCAAAGAGCAUUCACCACAAAAAGCGCUCUACAUUGAGGGACCCUUUCACAUCUGGAUACGCAAUCGUCGCAUAAACUACUUUACGCUGCGUGCGGAUGCAGAUGCCGAGUUCCUGGCACAGUUGGACGAACGGGAGUUGGACGAUGAUGAUGUCAGCCAGAUCGGUGUGCCAUUCUUUGGACGUGCACCGCCACGACGACACAAUCAACUGGGCAAGAUGCGUUCGGUGCAUCAACAGGAUGAUGGCACAAUUUUUGCCAUCUGCGCCACCGGCACCUCCACCAAGGACUCGCUGCUGUCGUGGAUACGUUUGUUGGAGCUGCAUGGCUUGGCGUCAUUUGACCAAAUACCUGUUCUCUUUCGCUUCAAGUCCGUUGUGCCCGCAAAGGCGGAGGAAAUCGCUGGACCAGCAGUCUCGAGCAGUGAUAUUGAUGCAUCGUUGCAUAGUCAUAAGGAGCACACGUAGUGAGUUGUUGUUAAUAAAUUAAUUGCCGAGCAAAACGAUUUGUUAUCCUCUAGUUUUUUUAUUUAUUAAUUAAGUAUGCGUGUGAACAAAAUUAGAAAAAAGAAAUUCGUAUUCAAUUUGAAAUUGUGACAUCUACAGAAUCUCCGAUUCCUGCAUAUUACUAUAUAGCAGAUACUCUUCUAUACGUAUAUGUAUCUUUAUAACUUGGUAAUUAGAUUAAGGUAAUAAUAUUAUACUGGAGUUUUGAGCUUAAACGAAAAAAUCACAGAACUCGCGAAAACUAAAUGUAAUGAAGAUCUGCUACAAAUUCAACGACUUAUGAAGUCUGUCACUAAGCUCUAGUAAUAUGUACAUUGCUAUAUUCAAUUUGAGAUAUAUAUAGGCGAUAUCUUUUCUUUUUUUUUUUUGUGUAUAGUUCUUGAUAAACUAGAGUAAGUAUUAAGCUUGUCAACUGGAGAAGAAGAAAUGCUAGGUACUCUGCCGGUGAUUGUGUGUGUUUUUGUGUGUUCUACGUCAAUCCUCUCAAGAACUCUCUACUUGGCGCGCGUCUUGUUCACCGGAAACACCUGAGUGACCACACCGAUGCCCUUGCUGGACAUUCCCUCGCGGAACAAGAUGCGCAUUCCAGGCCGCACAUACUCCGGAUGGCCAACGAACUCAAACAUCACCGAAGCGGAAUCAUUGGUGCCCAGCUUCUCGCCACCCAUGAUGCCGCGUAUCACGGCCGUUUGGCGUAUGCUGCCAAUGUG